UCCACAGUGCAGCUGAGCUAAACUGCCACCAUGAAAGCUGUCCUCACUGCACUCACUCUGCUGCUGAUGCUGUGCAGCCACCUGGCGUUAGGAAAAGCCUUACCUGGGCAGGUAUCGGGCUCCAGUGACCUGGGGGAAGACGCAGAUUCACCCGGCCAGGUAUCAGGCUCCAGUGACCUGGCGGAAGAAAUUGCCACAUCUGAGCAGGUGUCAGACUCCAGUGACCUGAAGGACAAAACAGCCUCACCUGGGCAGGUAUCAGGCUCCAGCAAAGCUGCACAGGAAUGCCUGAAGCAGAAAGGCAUUGAGAAGAUCCUGAGAGAACUAAAUAAGAUGACUGAAAACAUCAAGGCUUCCUUACCUAAGGACAACAACAAACACCAGCGACUCCUGCCAAAGUUUACAAAGUCUGUAAAGGGCGUCGCUGUCAUGAAGGAGAUCCUGGACUUCUACUCCGAGGAUGUGUUCAGUAGAGUUUCACUGAAGGAUCAGAAGACGGAGCACAUACUGGAUGUUCUCGCAAGGCUCAGAAGAGACAUGGAUCACUGUCUGUACACGUACCCAAGCUCCUUGUCCCAAAAUGAAAGAUACCCAAUCUGGAAAAUGAAAAAGACUUUUCAUGAGCUGAGGGCUGCUGGUGUGCACAAGGCGGUGGGGGAGUUUAAGACUGUGCUGAACUGGGUUGACACCUACAUCCAUCAGCGGACGAUGAAGGGACACCCUGGAGGAGGACGCCUGUAGAAGACCACUAGCCUGAAGACAAAGGGAACCCAAAGCCCAAGAACACAUCUGAGAUUCUGUAAUCAGCCUCAUUGUAUCACUAAUCACUCUUUACGGUUAAAAACAUUAAAAAAAUAAAUCACAGUCAGGGUACUGUUAAGGUAUUUGUAUUAAUGUGUUUGGUUUGUAGAAGAGUUAAAUGGUUCUGUACUUUUGUGAUAAUUUAACGUAAAUAUUGAA